UUGGCUUUGUGGAGAUUUGGUUUCUGAAUCUUGGGGCAGUGUUGAAGUGAUGGGCUAAAAACCAUAUGAAGCACCUCAGAGAAAUUAAUACUUUGUGUUUUUCUCCUGGCAUUGAAGCUCACAGUAGGACCAUGGAUCUGUUUGGAGACAUAGAUGACAUUUCUUCAGAGAGCGAUGGGGACAGUGAACAAUCUAUUCCAGGGCAGCCUGCUGAUGAACGUGGAGUGCCUCAGAAUCAACAGGAGGAAGAGCGGAUUUCUGAAACCAGAAUAGAAGUAGAAAUCCCCAGUAUCAACUCUGAUUUAGGAAAUGAAUUGUACUUUGUUAAACUACCUAAAUUUCUCAGCAUAGAACCCAAACCUUUCGAUCCUCAGUAUUACGAAGAUGAAUUUGAAGGUGAGAAAGUGCUUGACGAGGAAGAUAGAACCAGGUUAAGAUUAAAGGUAGAAAAUACGAUAAGAUGGAGGAAACGCCGGGACGAGGAAGGAAAUGAAAUUAAGGAGAGCAACGCUCGGGUGGUCAAGUGGUCAGAUGGGAGCCUCUCCCUGCAUCUAGGCAGUGAAGUGUUUGAUGUCUACAAAGCCCCAAUGCAGGGCAACCACAACCACCUGUUCGUUCGAGAAGACACUGGUCUACAGGGACAAGCUGUGUUUAAAUCCAAGCUCACCUUUAGCAGACCUCACUCUACAGACUGUGCCACACACAGGAAGAUGACCCUGCCGCUUGAGAAGAGAUGCUCGAAGACCCAGAGGAUUAGACUCUUACCGAUGGCUGGCCGUGACCCUGAAUGCCAGCGCACAGAGAUGAUUAAAAAAGAAGAACGAUUGAGGGCUUCUACUCACGAGACAAUCCAUCUGUGGGAGAAGCAGAACCAGCGGGGGCUGAGUGUCCCCUGCCAGGACCCCAGCAGUGCCUGUGAGGAGGAGGAAGACGCUGAAGCCAUUAAAAACCAUUACCAACGGGAGCUCCAAGGAGAUGAGGCCUCCGGAAAGAGGAAAGUGGGGGGUGAAGAGGAAGAAAAUGACUAAAGUAUAAAACGUGCCCUCAUGUAUACAUUGUACUGACCUUUGAGGAAUACAGGUUUGAACUGCGCGGGUCCACUUACAGCUUUUUUUUUUUUUUUUUUUUUUUUUUUUAUAUAUAAAUAUGGUACGGUGCUGUAAUGAAUUUUCUCUUCCUUUUGGUUUUCUUCAUAAAUUUUUUCUAGCUUGUUUUAUUAUAAGAAUAUAUAAUACAUUUAACAAGCAAAAUAUGUAUCAACUGUGUUAUCAGUAAGGCUUCUGGUCAGCAGUAAACGAUUAGCAGUUAAGUUUCUGGGGAGGUAAAAGUUAUUCUCGGCUUUUCGACUGUGCAGAGUUGGCACUCCUAAACCCAUUAUUCAGCAGACAACUGUAUAUUGUUUCCAACAGUUUGUUUUAAAGCAAUCAUGACAUGACUUGUUUUGGUUGAAAUGAUGAAUUGAAUCGCUUUUGCAUAAUCCUAGUUGUGAAUAAAAAAUGUUCAGAAGCAAGUCUGUGACUUCAGAAAAUCCAUUUUUCCCUAACUGUUCUGGGUCUUGGGUUUUUGUGCAUUUUGGCUGCUCUGCCCCACCUCAUCCUCCCUGCUGGAUCCCAAGGUGGGCUUUGGAAGUUCAAGUCAGGUAUCGCCUCUUUAGGAUGUCCUCCUGUCCUGCUUAGCUGGGUCUGCGGCCCAUCUGUGGAUUGUCGUUUAUUUCCAUAGGUAUGGCACAAACUUUCUGUUGACCACAUGGCCCUGUGGUCUUGUCAGAGCAGGCACACCAUGGGAGGGGUCACUCGAUGCCAAAUGCUUUGCCAAGCACCAUGCUGGCCCUACUAGUUCUAAUCCUCAGAAUAACCAGGAGGCAGAUGUUGUUAGUCCCACUUUACAGACUUGGAAGCUGAGGUUUAAAGAACUUUAAGACCAGAGACACGUUGGUGGCUCAGUUGGUUAAGUCUCUGCCUUCGGCUCAGGUCAUGAUCUCAGGAUAGUGGGUUCGAGCCCCCUGUUGGGCUCUGCACUCAGUGUGGAGCCUGCUUGUGACUCUCCCUCUGCCCCUCCCUCCUGCUCGCAUGCUCUCUCAAGUAAAUAAAAUCUUUAUUAAAAGAAAUACCUCUAUCCAAAGCUUUUUCCUCCCAAGUAAAAAAAUAAGCACUCUUAAAGAAGUUUUUAUUCAUUUAUUUGGCAGAGUGAGAGGGAGAAGCAGGCUCCCUGCUGAGCAGAGAGCCUGAUUCGGGGCUCGAUCCUAGGAUCCCGGAAUCAUGACCUGAGUCAAACACAGAGGCUUUAACCUAAAGACUGAGCCCCUCAGGCGCCCUGGAAAGCUUCACAUUUGAAGGACAAAAGACGUUUGGUGAUAUUGGACCCACAUAUGGCUGGCCACUCUCAUUUGGUUCCUAAAAGAGCAGGGGCAACUCUGUUGGUCAUGAGGACACUGUCUCCCCAGGGCCACUCAGACUCCUAGGAGCUGAAGGUGCCAGAUGGUACAAGGGCCUGAGCCUCCUGACUUCCAAAGAGGACAGGCGUCCAGACAUGCAGGAGAGAGUGAGCCCAACAGCCAUCCCUGGGAGGCCAGCCAACAUUAAAGAUGCAGUGGGAAGGUCUUUAUUCCCCUAUGUUUCAGAAUUCUGAAAUUCUUUAAUUAUCGGACACUUACCCUAAAAGAUUGCUCAAACCCAUUAAAACACAUUUCACAGGUUUUCUCUUUUGCUUGGUGGAUUUGGUAACUGGUAAGAGAGUGCUUUGCUGUAAAAAUCAUCUUUAGUUUACUGGUAGGAUUGGCUGAGA